UUUGCAUCAGAGACUGAAUCAAAGGCACACUUGGACUCACUGAAUAUCACCCUUUAAAUAACCAGCUGCCAGGGUAGUUUUCCACCUUUCGGAUCUACAUUUUCUACAUUUUCGUUACUACAGCAGACUUCGACUCAUUGAAUAUAAGCCUUUAAAUAACCAACUGCCAGGGUAAUAUUCCACCUUUCGGGUCUAGCUACAUUAUUCAUUGCUACAGCAGGACUUUACUUUUACCCAUGAGUAUCGCGGAUAUCAACGACAACCUGGGAAACCAGGUUGCCAGUCCUCAGCAAAAUUCAGAACGUCCCUCAGAAGAGCUCGAUCUGAAAACCGCUCUGGAUCAAGCCAACGAGGAGAACCAACUUCUGACCAAGAAGCUCAGCGACAUGGAGGAAUUUCAGAAAAGAUCUGAGAUUGAAAAAUGUAAAUACUGUCAACAUUCUGAAAAUGGCAGAGAAACAAACCACCUGGAAAAGAUCCAAGAGGUCUCUGAAAUAAGAUUAAAGCACCUAAAGUGGCUACAAGAGAGUGAGUCAGAACUCGCCCGCCUUCUCCAACAUCAGGUGCGCCUCGGCAACCAGGAGCGCAACAAAAUGGUUGAAAACUAUGAGGCAGAGACACGGGAACUCUCCAAGUCAAACCGUGAUCUCUGCAAGGAGAAAGAGGAUUUGUCUCUGAGAAUGAAAGAGACAAGAGACCAGCUGAUAAGGGAGAAAGAGGAGUUGUCUCUGAAACUCAGAGAGACCCAAAACCAGCUGUUAAGGACGACAGAGGAGUUGUCUCUAAGACUUAAAAAGACACAAGACCAGCUCUUAAGGGAGAAAGAGGAAUUUUCUCUGAGAUUUAAAGCGACACAAGACCAGCUGAUAAGGGAGAAAAAGGAUUUGGCUCUGAGACUCAGAGAGACACAAGACCAAGCGUCAAGUGAGAAAGAGGAUUUGUCUCUAAAACUCAGAGAGACACAAGACGAGCUGUUUAAGGAGAAAAAGGAUUUGUCUCUGAGACUCAGAGAGACCCAAGACCAGCUGUUAAGGGAGACAAAGGAUUUGUCUCUAAGACUCAGAACGACACAAGACGAGCUGUUUAAGGAGAAAGCUGAACGGCUGCAGAAUGUUGAGGCCCUGGAGGCUAAAAUCAACUCUCUGGUAGACGAGGCAGCCAAAGACCAGGUCCUGAAGCAACAGGAAUUAACAAACCAUCAGGUUAACCACCAGGCAGAGGUUGAAGAAUUGGAGAAUAACUUGACGCUGCUCAACAAGAUUAAUGCAAAUCUCCUUUUAAAGUGCAGAGGCGUGAACAAUGGGCUGAAAAACCAAGAAGAGUGGCAAGAAAAAUACGACGAUCUGGACAAAAGACACAAAAUGAACCUGAGCCAGACCGUGCGGGCCAUUUCAAAAUCUCAACUGGAAACCCAGAAAGCUCUAGAUAAUAAGUUUAAGAACGAGCUGCGGACAGCUAAUCGUUUGAAUGAGAAAGUUCAAGAGAUGGAGGUCGAACGCACACUCCUGGAGGAUAUCUGUCUCAAAUCCAAAAAGCAGCUUAGGGGCGUCUUUGGCCCGAGGAUGCAGGACAGAGAUGUCGAGUUGUUAAAGAUGAAGAGGAAAAUACAGGUGACGGAGACGGGUUUCUUCGGCAAGAUGUUCCGUAGGACUCCACCCGAGCCUGGUCCCAUUCCCUACCCCUUUAGUAGGAUGAGGCAUCUUGAAGGUGACUAGGGUGGACCGGCGUGGACCGGUGGGGACCGACGUGGACCGGCGUGGGACCGGCGUGGACCG